UUGCGGCCUCCCGGGGUCGGUCUUUGGGCGGGAGAGGGUCUGGACGGCACAGAGAAGCAGGAGGGGUCGCCUCAUGCCGAAACUGGCUCUUUGCGAGCCCAGCCGUGUUUGAGGGGAGAAAUCCUGCGAGGGUGUUUGGGGAUGGGUUGAGGUCUUCUCCAGGGUGUCUCUUGCCUCUGGAGUGUGUCCCAUCGACAAAAACGUUCCCCAGCGUUUGUGGUGGAGAUGUGAGCAAGCCACAGUUAGAUGGUUACAAGAUGGAUCUCUGCGUAGGUGGUGUCCAUACUGCGGGUUCUGGCAUGCCUGGUAUCUAGACUUAUUAGCAAACAGCUGGGCUGUCGAGGAGUUUACUUUGUUUCUUCUAGGGCAGUGUUUAGGCUUGCAAUGUACCCCCAACUCGAGGUUGUAAAACCUGGAUGCUCUGUUUGAUAUGUUUGGUGAGGGUAAAUAUGAUAAUAUCUUAUGGUCACAGGGAAAAAAAAAAAACAUGCUUUUUCAGCUGUCAUUUAAGCUCAUACCUUAACAAAACAAAACAAAAAAACCCAACCAAACAAAAACAACAAAAAAAGGCCUGAAUAGGCUUUCUUCAGUUUUCAAGGUGGUUUAUCUCUGGCCUAAAAAUGACCUCUAGUAUUUCUGGGCAAUAGGUAUCUAGUUCAGAAAGCUAUCAAUCAAUGUAAAAAUAUUUGAUAUCAAGGUGUAACUUUAUAUUCUCCACUUGUGUUACUUAUUUCCAUAUUACAGCAACAGUAGUUUAAAAAAAAGUAAUCAUGCAUAAAUUUCACUCAUGUGCCUGAAAUUUGCUUUCACAUAUUUCUUUUUUUUCUCAUAAAAUGUAUGUCGUUGUUUGAAAUGUGUUAGUGCUUUAUUUUAUGGACAUGGAUGGAAGAGGGUUUCCUAGUUCUGAUUUGACCAGCGAUGCUUUUUUCGUAGAAGAAAAAAUAGUUUUGGAAGCCCAAGCCUUAAAAUGGCCAGGAAGAGACUUGCAAGCGAUGUGCUGCUUGGCUUAGAAAGCUACCUUGCUGGAAUGUUUUAAAGGGUUAAAAACCCUCUAGGAUUUGAAGUUAAUUUAAAUUGAAGGAAAUACAUCGGCCUCACCAAAAAAAAAAGAACUGGAAUCAUGGAUCAGAACAACAGCUUGCCAGCCUAUGCUCAAGGCUUAGCCUCCCCUCAGGGUGCAAUGACUCCAGGAAUUCCAAUUUUUAGCCCAAUGAUGCCAUAUGGCACAGGACUGACACCACAGCCUGUCCAGAGCACCAACAGUCUAUCCAUCCUAGAGGAACAGCAGCGGCAGCAACAGCAGCAGCAGCAAGCAGCACAACAAUCUACAUCACAGCAAGCAACACAGGGAACAUCUGGUCAAACUCCCCAGCUCUUCCACUCACAGACUCUUACCACAGCCCAUUUACCAGGAACCACACCUCUGUACCCCUCUCCCAUGACUCCGAUGACUCCAAUAACUCCUGCAACGCCGGCGUCUGAGAGCUCUGGGAUAGUGCCGCAGCUACAGAAUAUUGUGUCCACGGUGAAUCUUGGUUGCAAACUUGACCUAAAAACGAUUGCGCUUCGUGCCCGAAAUGCUGAAUAUAAUCCCAAGCGUUUUGCUGCUGUUAUUAUGAGAAUAAGAGAACCACGUACUACUGCACUUAUAUUCAGCUCUGGAAAAAUGGUGUGCACAGGAGCGAAAAGUGAGGAGCAAUCCAGACUGGCAGCAAGGAAGUAUGCACGAGUUGUUCAGAAGCUGGGUUUUCCUGCAAAAUUUUUGGAUUUUAAAAUUCAGAACAUGGUGGGCAGCUGUGAUGUGAAGUUUCCCAUCAGAUUAGAAGGACUGGUACUCACACACCAGCAGUUCAGCAGCUACGAGCCCGAAUUGUUUCCUGGCUUAAUCUACAGAAUGAUCAAGCCAAGAAUUGUUCUGCUUAUUUUUGUUUCUGGAAAAGUGGUUUUAACUGGUGCUAAAGUACGAGCAGAAAUCUAUGAAGCAUUUGAAAACAUCUAUCCUAUUUUAAAGGGAUUCAGAAAAACAACGUAACAGUUUCUACAUAUUUCAGAGAAAUCAGGGAUAUAUUUUAAAAGGUAUUGUGUAUGGCACAGCAGUAACGAGACGGACUUCCAGUGAAACUGCAACACCAGGACUUGGACUAUUUCCCAGUUAGUGCCUACUUCCCUGAUGCUCAAGGGGAACUGUAUUCUUGAUUAUGUCUACUGAGUUACUGUGAGUUGCUUUACUGGGCUGUUCUUGGAGCAGUCCCUCCAAGUUUUAUUUAUAUUCUAGCUUUUAAAUAGUUUUAAUGCCAGUUCUAUUGAUAGAAAAUCCAUAAGUUGGUUUAAAAGACAAAUGCAUCUGUGUCACUCAAGUGUAUAAACCACUUAAGUUGCCAUGUAUAUAAGUUUUUAACUUCCUUCCAUAAGACCAUGGUUUUUAUAGUUUCCAGAACUUAAGCUUUUAAAUUUUUUCAAUUUUAAAUUUCUUUAUUGCCAGACACAUUCCCUCUUUCUGGUAUUAAGCAAGACAAAAUAAAUUUAUUAAUGAAAAUGGCUCUCUGUACAUAUAUAUAUAAUAUAUACCUUCCUUCUCUUUCCUCCUUCAGCUCCACAUGUACAAUAAACCCUGUUUAUACAAUUAUGGAAACUGUCUUUAUGAAUUUUAAAAUUACCCAGCUGGUAGAGUAAAAUACAUUUAAAACUUUUUUUAAAUUUAAUCUGGAUUUUCCAAUGGCAUAUGCACAACUGUAAGUCACUUGUCUUUUGGGGAGAAUCUUAACAAUGCUCUGGCUUGCUUAUCAGCACUUAGAUCCUUGGCAACGUCUAGCUUGAAUGUUGCUAGUAUGUUAAAGCGAAGAGAGGACUGGUUAAAGAAGUUUGUGUUCAAGUAUGUAUUGUCUCAUGUUCAACAGAUGGGAUUUAUGCAGGUCUUCACUAGCUACACUUGACUGAAUUGGAACAAAAGAUCCCUGCUUAGCAUCUGGAAUUUCUUUCAAUUACUACUUUUGUAUUUUACCAACUAUGACAGUCUCACUAUAUUAGUGUUCCUGUAAAAAUGUCAAAGCCCUUCCGACUAGAGUCAGUAUGUAUAUAAUCUUAUCUCCGAACUGUGCUUGAAGCUUUAUGGGCUGAGAACUAAAAAUAAACGUUUUUUUUCUUCAGUAAA